AUGGGGGAGGGUGGUUAUCGUCAAAUCAACAAAAGCCUCAACAUUUGUGCUUUUGAGGACUAUCUAACGACUCAACAAGCGCGAUUACCCAAAAUACCUGAUGUGGAACAAGUCAGCCCUCGUGUGCUCCGUAUACUUGGUCAAAACCCAGGAAAGUUUACUCUCCAAGGAACCAACACUUGGAUCGUCGGAACCGGGUCCAAGCGAUUGAUUAUUGAUACCGGCCAAGGUAUCCCUGAGUGGGCGGACCUCAUCUCGUCGACCUUGAAAGACCAGUCCUUCUCGCUAUCUCAUGUCUUGCUCACCCACUGGCAUGGUGACCAUACUCUUGGAGUCCCCCAGCUCUUGCGCCUCUACCCAGAUUUAUCCCAAUCCAUCUAUAAGAACGAUCCCGGAAAUGGUCAGGAGCCGAUCUUCCCAGGCCAAGUCUUCAAGGUGGAAGGAGCAACAGUCCGCGCCGUCCACGCCCCUGGCCACUCAGAAGAUCAUAUGUGUUUUGUUCUGGAAGAAGAGAAUGCCAUGUUUACUGGUGAUAACAUACUCGGAAAUGGGAGCAGUGCGGUCGAGGACUUGAGCACCUACAUGGAAACUCUGAAAAGGAUGCAGUCACAACAGUGCGCUAUUGGAUAUCCAGCCCAUGGCGUUGUGAUUAAGGACCUCGUGGCCAAGAUAUCCGGAGAGCUUGCUCUGAAGCUGAAACGAGAGACGCAAGUCGUACAAGCGUUGCAGGAUCCAAAGCCCCGAAGCCAGCCCCUCGGACGGGGACCAGUGAGUAUGACCGUAAAGGAGCUCGUCACAGCAAUCCAUGGGGAGCAUCUAGAUGAGGAAGUCAAAGCCAUGGCACUGGAGCCGUUUAUUGAGGAGGUUCUGCGCAAGUUAACGGAUGACAGCAGAGUGGCAUUCCAGUUCCUCGAUGGGCAGAAGCGAUGGUUUUCCAUAGAAUAA